CUGAUACAUGGGAGCUCGCAUGUAAAAUAAAUAUAAUCUCUAACAAACCCGUGGUACCAAUAACAUUGCUGUUCACAGCAUCAUUACUUCAAUCGGUAGUUUUUGGCUUCAGGUUUCGCCUCAAAUCUGGAGUCAAAUGAUAAGAGUGUUUCGUAAGUUUCGAGUCCUCACAAGGAAAGCAUUCAGCAAAAAAUAUCUCCUAUACACGAACGUUGGCAUCUCGAUUAGCCUAUCUGGAGUUGGUGAUAUAAUUGAGCAGCACUAUGAAAUCUACACUAGCAACCUUGAGUGCUGGGAUCGAACUCGAACACGGUACAUGUCCCUAUCGGGAAUGACGGUCGGAAUAUUCUGUCACAACUGGUACAACUUCAUGGACCGUCGCUAUCCCGGUCGAGCGCUACAGACCGUACUCAAGAAGGUGCUAAUCGAUCAAACUGUCGCGUCUCCCGUAGUAAUCCUGCUAUUUUUCGCCACACUGGGAAUACUGCGCAAAGCAUCACUGCAAGAAACCAUCAACGAGAUGAAGGACAAAUUCGCGCGGCUCUAUGCGGCAGAAUGGGUUGUUUGGCCUCCCGCCCAAUUAUGUAACUUUUACCUGUUACCCACCAAGUAUCGUGUUCUGUAUGAUAACACCAUUUCCCUGGGUUAUGACGUUUACACUAGCUACGUUUUAAAUGGCAAAACUGAGUCGCAGAGCUUUAAUAGUUGAUUGUAUUUAGGUUAAGAAU